GAGUGGGUGGGUGGAUGGAUGGACGGACAUGGGGAUGGAUGGACGUGGGGAUGGAUGGAUGGAUGGACGGACAUGGGGACACGGAGGUAAAUGGAUGGAUGAACGGACAGAGGGACAGAUGACCGAGAGAAGGACAGACACACGGUGUUCGGGUUUCGGGGCGGCCGCUCCCGGCGCUGUUUUCCCCGCGCGGUUCCGGCUGUACAUAAACAUGAAGAGCUUCGCUUCGGUCCCGCGACUCGCGCUCCAUUCAUUGACGCGGCCGCGCCGGGAGCCGAAAACGGCCGCGUCCUCCGCGCCACUGACGUCAUCACGGCGCGCCGCGCGCAGCCCCGCCCAUCGCUAACGUCAUCGCGGCGCGCCGUCAGCGCUGCAUUCCCGCCGAUUCCUGACGUCAUCACAAUGCGCGGAGAUGCGGGGGGGUGGGCGCCCGCCGUUUUCGUGACGUCAUCAGAACGCGGCGGGCAGAGCGCCCCGCCGAACGGCCGUCCUUGACUUCAUGGUAGCGCCGUUCUCUUCCCGUCCCGUCCCUGACGUCAUCACAGCGCGCCAGGGGCAGGGAAUCAUAGACGCAUAGAAUCUAACAGCAGAGUUCCGCGGUUUCGGCCGCUCCAGGCGUCCCCGCACCGCCGCCGGUCGGUCUGUCGGUCGGUCGGUCCCCUCCCACGCCGUGACGCCAUCCGGGCACCCAGCGCCGACCUCACAGAGCCCGCCUCCUCGUGACGUCAUCACAAGGCGCCGCACGCGAAGCAGGCCGCCCACCGCCCCGCCCCUGACGUCAUCACAGCGCGCCGCGCUCCGAACACAGCGACCGCCUCCGAUUUGACGUCAUCACUCCGCGCCGUCGCGUCCCUCUCGACGUCACUUCCGGGGGGCGGAACCCGGCGGCGUCCCCGCGACCUCAGCGCUGCGGCGAUGGCGGCGGCGGUGGGAGCGGCGGCGGGGCGGCGUUUCCCUCUGCGACCCAGCGGGCGCUUCCUGCUGAGCCCGAGGCCUCGGCCGGCGCCGCAGGGGGCCCGACCGGCGUCGUUCUCCGCGCAGCCCCGGAGCCGCCUGAGGCUGCUGGCAGCGCUGGGGGCGCUGACGGCGGGAGGGGCGGCCGCGGCCGUAGCGCUGAGAGCGGCGGUGGACGCGGGGGAGUUGGAGCUGCACCCCCCCGCCUUCCCGUGGAGCCACGGGGGGCCGCUGGCGGCGUUGGACCACGACAGGUGCGGGGUCGGAGGGGGGGGUGGGGGAACUGAGGGACCCCCCCCUCGGCCGUAUGGCAUUGUAUGA